AUGGGAUUGUCUCGCCAAGCCAUUGUAGCAGGAGCUCUUCGAGAGCAAAAGCAAAUGCGACGCCGGGAAGAAUUUCUGGCAGCUGCACUGGACGCAGUUACCCAUCAGAAAGAAAUACAACACAUUGCAGAGGUGUUCAGAAGGCGUGAAGCAGCAGUCGCAGCGGCUUUCCUGCGCAGAAGAGUGUGCGAGGUGAGGAGUCAACUAUCAUCUGGGCUGGAGGAAAGAAGAUGCAAGUUGAAAGCAUUGCUUGAAGGGGAGCAAAACGAAGCAAAAGCUACAAUACGGCAGUUGCAGCAGAGUGCAGCAACUAGGGAACACGCUAUGAUGCAGCGUGCAGAAGCGCUUAGACGAAAGCGUGACCAGGAACGGAAUGAAGAGGACAAGCGCCUCUACAAUCUUCCACACAAGCAAGGGCAGGAUGAUCUGCGCUUGCAGGAACGCCGAAAACUCGUUAAGGAGGUAUCUUAUCCUUCCAUUUCUUUCACCAUUAGCGAGAGAGAGAAAGAACGAAAGGAAGAGAUGCAGAGGCUCGAAACCGAAAACGAAGCGAUAGCUCGUCGCCUGCAAGCAGAAAGUGAGGCUGCUGCCGAGCAACGCUUACAGCAAAGGAUAGACAGGUUAGAGAGAAGGAGGGAAAUGGAUGCUGUGCUUGCUGAACAGCUGGAAGAGCGCCACAGAAGAGAAUUGGAAGAAGCCAAGCUUGAAAGCGUGCAGAGGCAGAAGCUGCAAGGCGCCAAAAAGAACGCGCGGUGGCUGCUGAGUGCAGAGCUUCCCUUUUACGCCACUACAGAGCAAGUCAAGCAGCGUGAAGCACUCCGAGCAGCAAUGGAAAGCGAGAAGGCAUUUGAAAGAGAAAGAGUUACAGCUGCAGUUGCUCAGCAUCGUGCGUUGCUUCAGCAGGAGUAA